AGGAGUGAGAGAUGAGAGAGAGAGAGAUGCGCAAGAUUUAGUCAGUGAGAAACACUCAGCGCAUCCAUCACUGCUCUCCAUCAUCCCAAUCAUGUUUCUCACUCCUCACUGCUCCUGUCUUCAUCUCUCUCAGCAUCCUGCAGCUGAGUGUGUAAUUCAGUUUAUUGGCUACUGAAUAUGCUGCGAUAGUUGUGGAAAUGUUGGGCCGUAAGCAGAGCCUUCGAGGGGAGCACAUCCUUGCAGACUAUGGACCAGAGGACACUCUAAAUGAAAGCUCCGAUGUUGAGUGGGCUAAUAAGAGAUGGAUAAGAUGGCUUCUUCGGAUAUGCUCCUUGGUAUCCCUAGUGUCAGUUUCAGCCAAUACUCCAAGUUCCAAAGUAUUAUACCCAAGUUUAGAGCAAAUUACCUUCUGCUCAGAUCUGGCAAUCACAUUUUUCUUCACUGUGGAAAUGGUUGCCAAAAUGCAAGCAAGAGGGGUUUUAAAGGGUGAGGUGCCAUAUCUAAAAGAUCGCUGGUGUCAGUAUGAUGCAAGCAUGGUGUUCUUCUUGUGGAUCUCGGUCAUUCUGCAAAUGUUUGAGAUGUCAGACUGGGUAGACAGACACAGCUACCUGUCAGUACUACGUGCUCCCAGACCACUUAUUGUUGUCCGUCUUAUACGCAUUUUUCUUAAAUUUUCCAUGCCAAAGAACAGAUUAAAACAAAUUGUCAAACGUUCAAGUCAACAGAUUUACAAUGUGACACUAUUUUUUCUGUUCUUCAUGUCACUUUACGGGCUUCUUGGAGUACAGCUAUUUGGUGACCUUCGUAACCAUUGUGUGAAAAAUGAUACAAAUGAAGAGAAUAUUACUUUGAAUAGUCUGGCAAUUCCAGACACAUUUUGCUCGACUGAAGCAGACUCUGGGUAUCAGUGUCCUACAGGUAUGAAAUGUGUACCCCUCAACCUAGCAAAGAAAGUCAGUGGAUUUAAUGGCUUUAGUGAUUUUGGAACGAGUAUCUUCACAGUGUACCAAGCUGCCUCCCAAGAAGGUUGGGUGAUUAUCAUGUACCAAGCCAUUGAUUCCUUGCCUGGCUGGCGUGCUACAUUUUUCUUCACCACCAUGAUCUUCUUCCUCUCGUGGCUGGUCAAGAAUGUUUUCAUUGCGGUCAUCACCGAAACGUUCAAUGAAAUGCGAGUUCAGUUUCAGCAGAUCUGGGGGAUCCGAGGACACAUUCAGCAAGAGGCGACAACACAGAUUUUGUCGGGAGAUGACCAAGGAUGGAAGUUACUCUAUGUUGAUGAUAACAAGCCUCGGGGAUGGGCACCCAAGUUCUGUAUGAAGGUUGUUGUCAGUGCUGGCUAUUACCUUCUUAUAAUGGCAGCCAUUGUUGCUAAUGCCAUUGCAGCAGCUUCAUUGAGCUUCAAACACGAUGGAAGAGACAGGCAAGAAUUUUACCAACAUUAUUACUACAUGGAGGUGGGAUUCACAAUAUUCUUCAAUCUGGAAGUUAUCUUCAAAAUGUGGUGUCUGGGUCUUCGUGGCUACUGGCGACUUGGCAUUCAUAAAUUUGAGUUUCUCCUGGCUGUUGGAACAACACUGAGAUUGAUACCAUACCUUUUCAUGACCUCUUUUACUUAUUUUCAAGUCCUUCGCAUUGUGAGACUGAUCAAGGCCUCGCCAAUCUUAGAGGAUUUUGUGUACAAGAUUUUUGGUCCUGGAAAAAAACUGGGCAGCCUUAUUCUCUUCACUAUGUGUCUCUUGCUGAUUGCCUCGUCUAUUUCAAUGCAGCUUUUCUGCUUCCUUAAAGACUAUGAUAAAUUUGAGACUUUUGCUCAUGCCUUCAUGUCAAUGUUCCAAAUCCUGACCCAGGAAGGAUGGGUGGAAGUAAUGGACGAGACCAUGAUAAAAACCAUGAAGGGAACGGCAGAUGAAAUUGCUCCCAUCGUGGCCAUUUAUUUCAUUCUGUAUCAUCUCUUUGUAACACUGAUUGUGUUGAGUUUGUUUGUAGCUGUUAUUCUAGACAACUUGGAACUUGAUGAAGACUUUAAGAAGCUUAAACAAAUGAAAGCCAGAGAGCAGAGUGCUGGGAUACAGGAAACGCUGCCUCUACGCCUCCGUGUCUUUGAAAAAUUCCCAGAUCGUCCUACAAUGGCAAAGUUACACAAAGUUCCAUCAGAUUUUUCUCUUCCUAAGGUACGAGAAAGCUUCAUGCGCCAAUAUCUAGAAGAAGAGCAAGAGGAUGAAGAUGGCUUGGCAAAUGUUCGUGGUGCAGGUGGACUGGAUGACUCUACAAUCUCAUACCGCAAAAGACGACCCAUAAAGCUCCUCACCCCACUGUCUCACCCUCGUAAUGCCGAUUAUGAGAAGAAAAAGACUGGUGUUUCUAAUAUUAUCUGUGAUGCAAAUAACCAGAGACUUCUCUUAGGGGACUCUGGUCAGAUACCACUUCCAGGAAAAGGAGCUCACUCACAUGGCACGAUUUCUUCUAAACACGUUCGACUAGACCAGAAGUCCAUACGCCGCAGUGUUCGUGGCUCGGUCAAGCUCAAGCAGCAGAACUACGAUCAUCUAAAAGAAAAUGGUGAUCUAGGAAUAAUGAAUCGAACGUCAUCGAGCCGCAAGCCUCAAGAUUUGGACAUCAAAAUGUUGCAGGCCAAGAGACAACAAGCUGAAAUGAGAAGGAAUCAGCGGGAAGAGGAUCUCAGAGAGAAUCAUCCAUACUUUGAUACACCUCUGUUUUCAGUUGGUCGUGAGUGUCGGUUCAGAAAACUUUGUCAGCUUAUUGUAUAUUCGCGUUAUGAUACAAGUCACAAGGAUCCAAUAACUGGCAAAGAGAGGAAAAUUAAAUACAAGAGGCUACAUAACCUUCUGGCUUUGGUGACGUAUUUAGAUUGGCUGAUGAUCCUGGUGACAACGCUGUCCUGCAUCUCCCUCAUGAUUGAAAUGGCUACUUACCGUAUUACUGAGGAGCCCAUGUUACAGAUUGCAGAAUAUGCCUUUGUUGUCUUCAUGAGCAUGGAACUGGGUUUGAAGAUUCUAGCAGAUGGUUUACUCUUCACACCUAAAGCCUUGAUCCGGGACAUGGCAGGAGUCUUGGAUCUUUUUAUCUACACGGUAUCUUUGGUGUUUUCAUGCUGGAUGCCAAAGGAAGUUCCUCCACAAUCUGGAGCACAGCUGCUUCUCAUCUUGCGUUGUUUACGUCCACUUCGAAUAUUCAACCUAGUGCCCCACAUGCGCAAAGUUGUCUCUGAACUCUGUAAAGGCUUUAAAGAAAUUUUGCUGGUAUCAGUUCUCUUAAUAGUGCUCCUCUUCGUGUUUGCAAGUUAUGGAGUGCAGAUGUAUGGUGGCCGACUUGCAAGAUGCAACGAUGAGACCAUAACAGAACGAAAGGAUUGUGUAGGUGUCUUCAUACGACAGAUUUUUGUGACCAAGAUGAAAUUAGAACCAACUGAUGGUGAAAAAUAUCCAGCCAUGCUGGUCCCUCGAGUAUGGGCCAAUCCAAGACGCUUCAACUUUGACAACAUUGGAAAUGCUAUGCUGGCCCUAUUUGAAGUCCUUUCAUUCAAGGGUUGGCUAGAUAUUCGUGAUGUGUUAAAAAUUCGGCUUGGCAUUGCAUCCACUGUGUACAUCCACAUAUUUGUCUUCCUUGGCUGUAUGAUUGGUCUUACAUUGUUUGUUGGUGUGGUCAUUGCGAACUACUCUGAGAAUAAAGGAACUGCCCUUCUGACUGUUGAUCAGAGAAGAUGGUGUGAUCUCAAGAAAAGGUUGAAGAUUGCUCAGCCUCUUCACCUACCUCCUCGCCCUGAUGGUCGAGCAUUCCGAGCCUUCAUUUAUGACAUCACACAAAAUAUUUACUUCAAGCGUUUUGUUGCCAUUUCUGUCAUCAUUAACAGUAGUUUAUUAUGUGUAGCAUGGAACAAAGAGGAGGAGCUAACAAAAUCCUUAGCAAUUGUCUCAUCUCUGUUAGAUCUGGUGUUUGUCAUGGAAGUGGUCAUGAAACUAAUUGCAUUUACUCCACGAGGAUACUGGCAAAGUAGACGUAAUCGCUACGACCUUUUUGUCACUGUUCUCGGUGUUAUAUGGAUCAUUCUCAACUAUACCAUACAGACUGAGGAAUCUCAUAUGUUUGGCUUCAUGGUGAUCAUCUUGAGGUUCUUCACUAUUACUGGGAAACACGCUACCUUGAAAAUGUUGAUGCUUACUGUGGGUGUAUCUGUGUAUAAAAGCUUCUUUAUCAUCAUGGGAAUGUUUCUUCUCAUCCUGUCAUAUGCCUUAGCAGGGUGUAUCCUCUUUGGUACAGUCAAAUAUGGAGAAAGCAUUGGAAGAUAUCACCCCAUAAGCUGGUCCUCUGCUAAUGUGCUGCUGUUGAAUUGGAGAGUUAAUAUAACAUCCAUAAUGCAAGCAAACUUUCAGACUGCCACCAAUGGCAUUGCACUGCUGUUCCGCAUUGUGACUGGAGAAGACUGGAACAAAAUCAUGCACGACUGUAUGGUGGCACCACCGUUCUGCACUCCUGGCAAUAACUACUGGGAAACUGACUGUGGAAACUUCACUGGUUCCCUCAUCUUCUUCUGUUCUUUUUAUGUUAUUAUAACAUAUAUUGUACUGAACUUACUUGUUGCUAUCAUCAUGGAGAACUUCUCCUUGUUUUACUCAAAUGAAGAGGAUGCUUUGCUGUCUUACGCUGAUAUACGCAACUUUCAAAACACCUGGAAUGUGGUAGAUGUAAAUCAGCGGGGUGUCAUCCCAGUCAGGAAGGUAAAAUUCAUUUUGCGACUUUUAAAAGGAAGAUUAGAAGUGGACCCAGAGAAAGAUAGAUUGUUGUUCAAACAUAUGUGUUAUGAACUAGAGCGUCUUCACAAUGGUGAUGAUGUUACCUUCCAUGAUGUUCUCAACAUGCUUUCUUAUCGAAGUGUGGAUAUCCGCAAGUCGCUGCAACUUGAAGAAUUGAUGGCACGAGAGGAACUAGAAUAUAUCAUUGAAGAGGAAGUUGCAAAGCAGACAAUUCGGAAUUGGCUGGACAACUGCCUGAAGCGAAUUCGAGCGCAAAAGGAGCAAACAUCUUUACUGGCCAGAUUGCGAGAAACUAAUGAUGCUCUGAUGGUUGGCCUUCAUGAGGAUAAGAAGACUCAGAUACAAGACAAGGAGAAGGAGAAUGAGACCAAG